GAUGUUGUUGACCACGAACAGCCUGUUCAUCCUUUUUUGGCAAAUUAAGUGGCAACAUUAUACAGUAGUAGGCAGCAGAUCCUCUCCUUCGUCCAUAGGAGAAAAGAGAAAUCAUGUUGGCAUCCCGUUUAACGCGCAUUAUUACAAAGAGGGAAAUUCUGGAGUUGUCAAAGCACGAUUACAGAUUUUGCUGUUGCCGUUAUCACGGUGUUGCAGACAGGAGUGCCAAGAUGAAAUGGAUUAAAUCCACUUUCAGAAACUCUUCAAAACUUCCAGUUAAGGACCCUCCAGUUACGCUGUGGACAAGACACAUUGAGACAGCAACCAGUGAUGGAGGUGCACAUCAAAGGCCAAGAGCUAGCUCAACCAUCGAUGAAGAAGAUGUUAAAAGAUUUUCGGCUCUGGCAAAUUACUGGUGGAAAGAAAGUGGAGAAUUUGAAGCUCUGCAUACAUUGAAUGAACUGAGAAUUCCAUUAAUUAGAGAUGCCCUGAAAGGUCAGAGUCUGAGUGAGAACAGAGGGCAGCAAUCCCAUCCUUUAGUGGGGCUGAAAGUACUGGAUGUGGGCAGUGGAGGAGGUAUAUUGGCUGAGCCACUUGCACGCCUGGGAGCAUCUGUAAUAGGUGUUGAUGCAUCUGCGGAAAAUAUUCGAGUGGCUCAAACACAUGCUAUGCGGGAUCCCCAAGUGGCAAAAAAUGUGAAAUACAUCCACAGUUCUGUGGAAGAUUUGGUGGGAACAGAGGAGGACAGUUUUGACGCAGUCGUUGCAUCAGAAAUCAUUGAGCAUGUCUUCAAUGCCCCAGAGUUUAUAACAUCCUGUUGUAAACUUGUCAAGCCUGGUGGUUCCUUGUUUUUGACAACAAUAAAUAAGACAUACAUAUCCUACCUUCUGGCAGUGAUUGCAGCAGAAAACAUACUACAUCUAGUACCACAGGGAACACAUGAGUGGGACAAGUUCAUCAGUCCUUCAGAUUUACAGUACCAGCUCUGUCAGAACAACAUGACAACGAAGCUUGUCCAUGGUAUGUGUUACAACCCAUUAUCUAGGAGGUGGUCAUGGAUACGGGAUUCCAGUGUGAACUAUGCUAUACAUGCUGUAAAACUUAAAGUAUAGCCAAAGGCUUAAUCAAUCUGUGAAUAAACCAUUUCCCAGCUCCCAGGAUCAUGAAGCCAUCUUACACAUAAGUCAAAAUUUCAAAUCACCUUAAAAUUGUUAUAUUUUAUGUAACAAGGUCAAAAUAUUGUUUGACAACGUAAAUUCUGGGUAACUUAUUGUACAACAAAUAUUGGAAAGGAAUGUAUAAAAUUAGGUCUAAAAUCACGUCGUGAUCCUGGGAAAAAGACUCUUAGAACAAUGUUUGAUUUAGGAUUUGAAGUUAAGUUUCAAACCAGGAUCCCUGUCAUAACGUGGAACUCUGCUGCUUGUCUUUCAUAUGUUGCCCAACUACAUUAGAGGUGAACACACCAUGAUCUGUGAUAUACUCGGAAAUUGUACCAUGUAAAACCUUAUAAAUUCUUUUUUUUUUCAUUUAAAAUCCUGCUAAUGUAAAGUGUGUGUCAAGCAAAUUUUCAUUGUUUUUGACUAUUUCGGUUUAAGAUUCAGUAGCAGGUAUAUUUCGAUUUAAACAUCAAAUGCAUUUUUGUUACUGGAAUGUUUCUAUUUUGAGAUGUUUUCUUGAAGAAAGUGUGUAAAUUGUUUGAUACACGUGUUGCCCAUUAGAGAGUAAAGCAUUAUAUACAGAAACAAAUGCAAAAUUGUGGAGACUAGAAUUGGUAAGAAUCUGUUUUCUGACAAGCCAACUGUUAUUAUAUUUAUCUAUUGAUGGAUUGCAAAUCAGUUAAUCUAAGGUAAAACAAGAUCUGGGAAUAAAUGUUUUUGACAUAAUUUUUGUUUUGCAUUUACUUUCUCAAGCUAUGAAAGACCGAAUCAUUCCAUGGUGUAAAUUUGUAAAAAAAAAAUUUAUUAAUGUUUUUUUGUAUUGCACACCUCCGCACACAUAUCACCUCAGGCAGUAGUCAGGACAAUCUCAGGGAUGUCAAGCCUGCUAGCGGGUACGUUACACUCAGUUCACCAAUAUUAUGUUGACAAAUUGUUUGGCUUAAAAAGAAGUCUAGAGAAUAACAAUAAAUCAUUAAGCACAAAACUACUUCUCGUUUUCCUAUUCGGUCAUCAAGACAACCUUUUCACCUAUCAUUACUAUCCUCAAUUUUUAGGCACCCAAAACGGUAGCUGUUGUUUGCUUCUUCGUCAGACACUGGUUGCACAUCCAGUAUGUCUACUUUAGGGAAAGUUCCUUUAGCUUUUUUCAAGGCUUUCUUCUUUCUCUUGCCGGUGGGUUUUGAUUUCUUGAACUUCCUUCUAUGAAGCAUUCGCUCAGAGUACCGGCGAAUCUCAUGUGCUGUAUCUUUGGGACGU